AUGCAAGCAAAUCUGAGUGGCUGUGGCUGUGGUUUCUUCUAUGCUUACUGUGACGAAGUUCUUAAAUCGGGCCGGGCCAAGAAACGCGUUGGAAUUGGGCCAGCUUUUAACCGGUCCAGGUUAGAUCAUCCGCGACGCAGCCGUCGCCGUCUUCUUUCGUCUCUCCUCGACGGCUGCCCUGCCCAGAUGCUUCCCCUCCUCCGCGCGCGCCCCUCCGCUUCCCGCCUCCGCCGCCGCUUCCUCUCCGCGUUUGCAGCGGGCGGGACGCCUCCGCCGCUGCGCUCCGGCGUAGUGUACGCGUUCGGUGACAACAGCCACGGGGCCGUCGGCCAGCCUGCGCCGGCCGCGGACGUCUACGUCCCCACGCCCGUGCCCUCCCUCCCGCCGUCCGUCGAUGCGGUCGCAGCCGGACACUACCACUCCCUCGCCGUAUCCUCUGCCGGGGAGUUCUGGGCGUGGGGGCGCAACGAAGAGGGCCAGCUCGGCCGCGGGCUCCAGGCCCCGAGGAAUACUUGGAGCAAUCCAGAACAGGUGAGAGGAUUGGAGAAUGUUCAAGUUCGAGCUGUAUCCGCUUCAGGUGUUGUUUCCGCAGCAAUUGGGUGCGAUGGCUCGUUAUGGGUAUGGGGGAGAUCAAAGCGUGGCCAACUUGGGCUUGGCAAGGACAUUGUGGAGGCCACAAUGCCUUCUAGAGUGGAGGCCCUUGCUGGUUACGAUGUUCUUAAGGUAUCAUUUGGAUGGGGGCAUGCCAUGGCACUGACAAAGGAUGGAGGGCUGUUCGGUUGGGGUUUUUCAGAAAAUGGAAGGUUAGGAGAUAUGGGUCAAAGUACCGAAGCACCUUCUCCACAAGAAUACAUUGGGAAAACAAGGGAUAAGUAUUCGAGUUCAAUGUUGGAGGCUGUUGAAAAGAUGGUUGCGGACAAAAUUCGGAGCGAAGACAAUAUGCCCAUCAUCUGGGAACCUUCUCUUGUUCAUGAAGUGACUCAUCUUGAUGUGUCUGAUGUUUCCUGUGGACUUGAUCAUUCCCUAAUUCUCUGCUCUAAUGGCACUGUACUGAGUGGUGGAGACAACACUUAUGGACAACUUGGUAGGAAGUCAGGCUGGGCCAAAUUGCUUCCUGUCGACAUAAGCUACAUCCCAUUCUCUUUGUCAGCGAGUGCUGGCCACUCGCUUGCUCUGUGCCAUAUAUCAACCAAAGGAACUGACAAUGUUAAAACUGGUGUCCUAUCAUGGGGAUGGAACUGCAGCUCCCAGCUUGGACGACCUGGUCAAGAGGAUGCCCCAGCACUAGUCAACUAUCUGGUUGGUGAGAAGCCAAUAACAGCCGCAGCUGGCCGUGUUCAUUCCAUUGUUCUCAUGUCGAACGGAGAAGUUUGGGCUUGGGGAUCUGGACGAAAUGGCAGACUAGGUUUGGGCAGCUCAAUGGAUGAGGCAGAGCCUUGUCUCAUCGAUACCUUGGAAGGAGUAGAGGUCUUACAAGUCGCCACAGGGAUGGACCAUAAUCUCAUAUUGGUUAAAGAAUAG